CUUCUGAAGCGAAGCUCCGCCUCUGACCAUCGCAAAUCUGUGUAUGUGAGAGAUGAGCAGCAGCAGAAAGCCGUCCGGACCGUGUGCAUGAGAAGUGAGGUCCUCGACCAUCGCAGUCCAGCUUGAGCGUCGGUUCGGUGAUGGCCGCGGCUGUGGAGAGAGGAGGGGUCAGGGUUCAUGAACCCGGGCGUCGGUGCACCCGCUCCCGCACCCGCCGCCGCUGCGCCCGGAGGAUCAGCCAUGGCCGGAGCUGGGGGCUCGGGCUCGGGUGCGGCGGGUUUGGGUCCCAUCAUGCCUGUGCCUAUGAAUUUAUUUGCAACGUGGGAGAUUGACCGCUCAUCUCCAAGCUGUGUUCCCAGGUUGUGCAGCCUGACGCUAAAGAAGCUAAUCGUACUGAAAGAGCUGGACCGUGAACUCAGUUCUGUUGUUAUCGCUGUCAAGCUACAGGGCUCAAAACGCAUCCUGAGGUCGAAUGAGUACAUUCUCCCACCCAGCGGCCUGAUGGAAACAGACCUGGAGCUCACCUUUUCCUUACAGUACCCACAUUUCCUGAAGAGAGAUGCCAACCGGCUGCAGAUCAUGCUUCAAAGGAGGAAACGCUAUAAAAACAGAACUAUUCUGGGCUACAAGACGCUGGCCGUUGGUGUUAUUAAUAUGGCUGAGGUGAUGCAGCACCCGACAGAUGGAGGCCAGAUUUUAGGUCUCCAUAGUAAUGUGAAGGAAGCACCGAUGCGUGCAGCAGAGCUGAGUGUUUACUCACUGUCGAGUCAACCUAUUGACCCAGAGGACGGCAGUGGUCAGCCAGAGACAAAGGCCAAAGCUUCAGACCGUUCUCCAGAUAUGGAUAACUAUUCUGAAGAUGACGAUGAUAGUUAUUCGUCAGAGCAAGAGGCGAGUGAUGACGCUGUUCAAGGCCAGGACCUUUAUGAUGAGGAUGAUGAUGUUCAGCGGAAGCCGAAAAAAUCUAGGAGAAAAAUGAUCAGAACCAUAUCUAUGACCCGGCAACCCAAUUUCAAGCAGAAGUUUGUUGCUCUCCUGAAGAGAUUCAAAGUAUCUGAUGAGGUCUUGGACUCAGACCCGGUUGAUCAGACGCAGGAGGUUGAAGAUUUGGAUCUUCUGUAUGACAGUCUAGAGGUUUAUAACCAGAGCGACAGUGGCCCAGAGAUGGAGGACAACGAGAGUCUUCUCAGCACUCCCAAACCCAAAUUAAAGCCAUUCUUUGAGGGAAUGUCUCACUCCAGCUCACAGACGGAGAUCGGCAGUUUGCACAGUCAGAAGAGCCAACCGAGAGAGCCAACCUCCACUGGUGGCGAUCUGUUAACAGUGGAUAAAAACAGGGUAAUGGGUGGCAGAAAUCCGGAUGACCCUACAGUGGUGGACUCGGCAGCUGGGGAGCUGGUGGAGGACGAGGCGGGUGGCGGCGUGGCAUCAUGUGAAGCCAGCAUGAGCUGGGACAUGAGCGCGGAGAAAUUAGCAGGAACAGUGGGCAAACUCUGCAAGGCUGAGUCGCAGACUCUCAUGUCGCCUAGUAAAACAGACAGUAAGCUGCAGCGGCGUCCGCGCAGCACAUCCAUGAAGGACAGACAGAACUCUAAAGCUCAGAGCGAUCGCACCAGCAGCAUCGAGAGCGAGACCUCGCCAGACUCCAGGCUCAUCACACAGGUUUGUGUCCCGAGGAAAUCAGUGUACGAUCAACUCAACCAGAUCCUGAACUCUGACGAACAUCUGCCGGAGAAUAUCAUUCUCAUCAACACUACAGACUGGCAGGGACAGUAUAUGAAUGAGAUUCUUCAGGAGCACAAGCAGCCUAUUGUGUCCACCGUCUCCCCCGCAGACGUUCAGGCCGCCUUCAACACCAUCGUCACCAGGAUUCAACGAUUCUGCAACUGCAAUGCACAAACACCACCCACCAUUAAAGUGGCAGUGGCCGGCGACCAGAGUUACCUCAGCACGGUCCUUCGCUGCUUUGUGGAGCAGCUCGCCAACAAGACGCCCGAUUGGUUAAGCUACAUUCGGUUUCUAGUCAUUCCUGUCGGCUGUCAUCCACUGGCUAAGUACAUCUCAACAUUUGACAACAAGUUCAAUAACAUCUUCAUGGACGCCGGAUGGAGGGACGUGUUCGGGAGGCUAGAAGCUCCUAAUUCAGAUAAUAUUGAUGUGGCCGGACGUGUCUCGCAGUAUCUGGCUGGAGCCAGCCUCUCCCACCAGUUCCCUAUUUCUGAAGCAAUGCUCACCUAUAAACAAAAAAGGAAGAGAAGUUUGUAUUUUGAUUUUUACAUCAGCCCUGAUGAAGACUCCUGCCAGAAGUUCGUCCCAUUCAUUGGGUUGGUGAAAGUGGGGAUUGUGGAGCACAGCUUAUCUACAUCAGUGGACUCUGAUGAUGCGGUGAUGGUGGGCAGUGUGAACAUGCUCUCCUCACCUCCAGCACAGACAGGAACACCGUACGGGAAAGACGUGACCUCCACCCCUCCGUCAUCCCCCUCUGUUUCUGCCAGUCUCUCUGGAGCAGGUUCUCCAGGAACCGGUGGGGAGGUGAUGGGUCUUCAGGUGGACUACUGGACGUUACAGGGUGCAGAGAAGAAGAAGGAAGGUGAGAAGAGAGACGUGGGGAUUAAGAACACGCUGAAGAGCAACUUCCGCUCGCUGCAGGUUUCCCGAAUCCCCAACGGAGGGGAGCCCACACCUCCUCCUGGAAUGGCCAUGACUGUUGUCAUGAAGGAGAAGAACAAGAAAGUGAUUUUCCUGAGCAAGAAGCUAAAAGAGAAGGAUGUGGACUCUAAGAGUCAGGUGAUAGACAGCAUCAGCAGACUCAUCUGCACCGCUAAACACCAGCACACCAUGCUGAAGGUGUCCAUCGAUGGCGUAGAGUGGCACGAUGUGAAGUUUUUCCAGCUGGCCGCGCAGUGGCCGACUCACGUGAAACACUUCCCUGUAGGAAUCUUCGGCUACAGCAAGCCCAUGUGACCUGCUGCUGCUUCUUCAGCACGAGGGGAAUUUACGGAUGUGGGAUAAAACAGACAAAUGGAUUUUCCUGUGGAAAUGGUCAAAUUAAAAGCCUGUGUCCUUGACAGAAGUGUUGUCCGUGAUGUUACUUGUCAUUUUUGUUGCUUUGGCGGUGGAAGGAUCACUGGCGUGUUUGAAACAAAUGCUGUCUUUUAUUUCACGGCAGCUUCAGUUUGCACUUUGUUGGGUUAGAGUUUGUUAUUAUUAUUUCUGUGAAAUUUUCCUUGUUGAUAAUUGUUCUGUGUACAAUAUUAUAGGGUGGGAUUUAUGAAGUGAGCUUGAUUGAAUUUGCAUUUAAAACGUUUGAUAAUGCCGUGUUAAUAUUUACAGGCGGGAAAGGUUAAAGGAAUAGUUUGCCCAUCUUAGGACGGAUUUGUGUGAGGAUCAGUUCUCCGUAGCUCUUAAAUCUCAUUCUGUGCCAGUUUUGAUGUCUGUAAGUUGAUGAUGACAAAAAAAAAAUCAGUUUUGGGUGAACUGUUCCUUUAAAUGACAAGUGGGAGGGGUUCAGAUGCAAGUGGGAGGGGCCACAGAACUGGUGGGAGGAGUUUAUGUUACUGUUCAUUGAAUGAUUUUAGCCUAGCUGUGAAUUCUAAAGGGCACGUCCUUUAAAUUUUAGUAACGUGAAUACUUUUAGAUUAAGAUUAAGGUUAUUUAAUACAGUACUUUAUGAUUUCGUUACCUGGAUGAAUAUCAAAGGCGUGUUGACGUGGACUAGCGUGGUGCUUUGGUAUUUUGUAUGAAGAAGGCAGCUUGUGUGGGUUCAGCCUAAAGUGAGAUCUCAGUUUGUAAAAUGUUAAAUGCUUUAAAAAGCCCUUUAAAUCGUUUUAUUCCCUCUGUGUGGGGCGAUGAGCAGAUAUUUUCACUUUUUACUCUUUUAACAUUUCUACCUGCCAUCUCUGAUCGUUCACGGUGACCGUGUUACCAGGUGUUUUUAGAAAGGCUGUGUCUUUGUGUUGCAUACAGGGUCCAGUUACUGCCGGCUAAUAAGGGCUCAAACUACAAGAUUGUUGGGAUGAUAAGAGGACGUCCGGUCCAACUUUUUGUAACUUCUGUGGUGGAUCUGUUCAUGUUCUUUCGCUCUUCAAAAGUCCUUUUACAAAAAUGGCCUGUUUGUAAAUACUGAGGGAGGGUGAGGGCUUUACCUGUGGUUGUAUCUGUGUGUUCGAAUGUGUGUGAGAGAAAAAAGAUAAUUUUUUCAGUAUUAAUUUCAUUGAGUUUGCUGUUAUGGCUUGUGGCGUUAUUUUACAGCCAAGCGCAAAUAUAGUUACAAUGCGCAUAAAAUCGAUGUAUUCGUGUCUUUCAUGAACAGAACUGUUACUGUUCUUUUCAUUCUAUGUUUUAACCAAGUUUUUGUUUUUUGAGGUGGACUGCUGAGGUUUGUUCAACCAUUUCGGGCCUCUGGUUGUUUUUAAGCACUACUUUUAGGGCAACGUGAGAAUUUAAAUCUUUAAAACCGAGAGAACACUAAUAUUUGAUCUGUCUGUUACAAAUAGAAAUGCAGACAUUUGCACAAACCGUAUUUUUAAGUUGGACAGUAUUGAUUUUGAAUGAACCACUGAGGAAAGCUUCUCUGUAACGUGUGUACAUAAACGUACAGUAUACUGCCAUUUCAUAUCCUUUAUACUGGUUUGAAUUGUCAUACAAAUACUAAAAUGAUUUUAACCAUGGCCGCAUUGUGAUUUUUUAACAUUUACUAUUUGUUUUUCUAUUUCCCUUUUGAAAGGAGUUGAACUCUUUUAUAGGCUUUUUUUUGUUUGUUUGUUUGUUUUGUUCAGUUUUGUUUUCAGACAUUAAUGAAAAUAAGAAAGUGAACCGGUGUGUUCUGUUUGUUGAGUGCACAGACGAAAACUUUCUUUUUUUUCAGUAUUUGAUAAAUACUUGCUGGAGGAUUGUGCAAAUAAAUGACAUAUAAUUAAAA